GACUGAUCCACAAAGAACAUUGUAUCAUAAAUAACUACUCAUUAUUAUUUGUAGAUCAGUGAGUCAUACUUGACGGGUCUGAUCCUCUCGAACACGGCCAAUGUCUUCCUUUUACCUCUGCCGCCUCGACCAAUAGCAUCAAGAGGUAUCCUCAAAGCUUGUUGUUGUGUGUAGUAGACUGCUAGCUAAGUAAGUAGCCACCAAAGAAGCUGAGRACCGUCUGAUUUGGUUUCUCCCUGGGGUUUCAUCGACGGUUUGGUUGAAACCCUCCUUUGGGUCGGGAGACAGACGUUGUCCGUGUAACUGGGACUGACACGGAAGAGGAGGGUUGUGUUGCAAUACGAAGCAGACAUCACCAAUGGCUCCUCUUUGUUAAUUAGCUAGCUAAAUUAGCUAACUAGCCAGCUAAGCUGAUGGAGUUCCUUCCUGUCAUUUUGAGUAUACGCCUGAUUAUAGACUGGGAAAUCACGCUAGUGAACAGAAGAGGAGCUUCGUGUGUGAUUCAAAGUAUAUGGACAUAGCUAGAUAGCUUACAAGCUAGCUACACCUACAGAUGUCUAUUGUGGCAAAGWUCUCAACAAUCUCUAACGUACCCGGUGGUUCUCUUGUUAGGCUCGCUAAUUAUUGAUCCUGCCAGGGGUAACAUGCAAGGAACCUGAUUGUUGUUGUCAAUUGGCUAUUUUGACAGCUAAGCCCAUCAACUGUAGUGGAGACAACCAGUUGUCAAGUCUGAACUCUUGUGCUUGUCCAUYAGGCCACCCCAUGCAGGUUCCCGGGAGAAGAAAUGCAUUGAUGAUAUGAUUUUUCAGGGACGUCAUUGAGAGCACAGGAACACCCACUUGUGUACAMACGUGUCAAAGAUUAAAUGGGUGCAAAGCUGUUUUGCUGGCCACAGGGUUCUCCUGGUAUUGCCAUGAUGCUGAGAGCCCUACUCCUUACUGGCCUUCUUAGCUGGGCCAAUGGCCAGGAAGGUCAGGCCAUGUUACCUGAAGAAAAGAGCAAAAUCAGGGACCAGAUCGUUGAGAUGUUCGAUCAUGCCUAUGGUAGCUAUAUGAAAUAUGCGUACCCAGCGGACGAGCUGAUGCCCCUGAGCUGCAGGGGGAGGGUGCGUGGUCUGGAGCCCAACAGGGGAGACAUCGACGACUCUCUGGGGAAGUUCUCCCUCACUCUGAUUGACACCCUGGAUACUCUGGUGGUGUUGAACAAGCUGGACGAGUUUGAGGAUGCAGUGAGGAGGACAUUGAGGGAUGUCAGGCUGGACAACGAUGUGGUGGUGUCUGUGUUUGAGACCAACAUCCGAGUCCUGGGGGGCCUGCUGGGGGCGCAUACGAUGGCGGACAUGCUCCGUCAGCGGGGGGAGAGGAUGCAGUGGUACAGAGAUGAGCUGCUCCACAUGGCCAAGGAGCUGGGCCACAGACUGCUCCCUGCCUUUAACACCACCAGUGGCCUUCCCUACCCCAGGGUAAACCUGAGGUACGGGGUCCUUAAUCCUCUGUCACGCACAGGCACUGAGUCGGACACCUGUACAGCCUGUGCAGGGACCAUGAUUCUAGAGUUUGCUGCUCUCAGUCGGCUGUCUGGGGAGGCCGUGUUCGAGGAGAAUGCUAGGAAAGCACUGGACGUCCUGUGGGAGAAGAGACAGAGAGGAAGUGACCUCGUGGGCACAGUCAUUAAUAUCCACAAUGGUGACUGGGUCCGCAGGGACAGUGGUGUGGGUGCUGGCAUUGACUCAUACUAUGAGUACCUGAUGAAGGCUUACGUUCUGCUGGGAGACAACGUUUACCUGGAGAGGUUCAACACUCAUUACAGAGCCAUCAUGAAGUACAUCAGCCAYCCUCCGCUGCUGCUCAACGUUCACAUGCACAACCCCACGGUGAGCGUCCGCAGCUGGAUGGACUCCCUACUCGCCUUCUUCCCCGGCCUGCAGGUUCUGAGAGGAGACCUAAAGCCAGCCAUAGAGACCCAUGAGAUGCUCUACCAAGUCACCAAGCAYCACAAGUUUCUCCCRGAGGCUUUCACCACCGAGUUCAGAGUUCACUGGGGUCAACACCCUCUGAGGCCAGAGUUUGCAGAAAGCACCUACUACCUCUACAAGGCCACAGGCGACCCCUACUACCUCAGGGUGGGCCAGUCCAUAGUGGAAAAACUCAACGCCCAUGCCAGGGUACCUUGUGGGUUUGCAGCUGUGCAGGACGUCCGCACAGGGGCCCACGAGGACAGGAUGGACUCGUUCUUCCUGGCAGAGAUGUUUAAGUACCUGUACCUUCUGUUCUCUGAGAAGAACCAGCUUCACUUCGACAUCGACGACUACAUCUUCACCACCGAGGCCCACCUGCUGCCUGUCUCCCUGUCCACCUCACAGCCCCCUUGUCGGGGCAACAACACGGAAGCGGCCACUACCGUGGAGGAAGACAUGUUUACCUACACCUGCCCCAGCACCCAGACCCUUUUCCCCAACAACCCCUCCUUCGCCAAGUCCAUAAGGGACAGCUACAAGUACCUGACUGGGGUGGGCCGGGCCUUCCACGCUUCGCCUGUCAGGGGCAUCGACCUGCCGCUUCACGACCACAGUAUGGAGCCUGUUGAGUUUCUGAGGAGCAUGGGCGUCUCCCUCACCCCACUGAGCGAGGCUGGAGCAACAGGGACAUGGGGGGAGGUACAUAAAGGUGUUUACAGGGUGAAACUGGUGGCAGAGGUGACCCAGACCACAGAGGAGGAAGAAGUAGAGCCCCUCCUCGUUCAGCUCAUAUCCCCCCCMUUUCUGGGUAGAACGGUCCUGACUGCAGGACCAGCCAAGUUUGGAAUGGACCUUACCAAGCAGGAGCACGGGGUGAAGGGCAGCAUCGUGAAGACCUCCCCUUACACAGCGUGUGGACCCAUAGAGAAUGCUGAGGAGCUGAGCGGGCACAUUGCCCUGGCACUGCGUGGCGACUGCAUGUUUGCUGCCAAGGCCCACAGGCUACAGGAGGCUGGGGCUAUUGGAGUCAUCUUCAUAGACCACCGGGAGGGGAGUAACAGCGCAGAGACGCCCCUGUUCCAGAUGGUGGGAGACGGAGGSUCCACAGCUGACAUCACCAUCCCCCUGGUGUUUCUAUUCAGCCAGGAGGGGGCGCUGCUCACCUCUGCUCUGGAGGACCACAGCAACGUAGARGUACUGAUGCUGCCCAAAGAGAGACGGCUAGGUAAGACAACAGACAAAGCAGAGAAGCCCCUGGGGAAGAUGAACAUCAAGUUCCGCCUGGCGGAAGAGGGGGAGCUGGAAGACGGGGAGGAGGGAGAGGCCAGAGGCCCCACCCUGCAGUUUGUCCUGGAGAAGGGAGAGGUAGUGUUGGAGGAAGAGGAGUACAAACAGCAAGGAGACGAUCAUAUGCAAUGUUCCUACGGACAAACUGUUACAUCGCCCCCUUCCCACAGCCCCAACGACCCCAAUACAGACCCCUGAUCUCAGAACAGUUAGGUUCCUCAACCCCCCUCCCACUGACCAAGGGCCUGGGCUCCCCASCACUGAUCCCUGGCCAGUGUGCAGAGGCACGUUGCUGUGCCAGAGAGGGCCCUGCUGCACGCUCUGGACGGGACUGACUCAAGAGGGGACCUUAGCAGUGUGACAGUCAAUCCCACUGACUCACUCACUACCCUUUCUAAAACCUGAGGGUGGUCUCYUACAGUUGAUAGUUAUUGGAACUGCAGUAUGUAUUAAUGUAUAGGAAGGGAUGGGCAUUGGGCAGGUAGCUUGUUAGUCUUACCGUGCUACUGUCGCCUCAAGCCUCCUCAGUUGUGUUGUGGAGAUGACACAGAUUUAGUCAGAUGAUUGUAAGAGAGAAUUGAUGACGUGCACAUUUCAGAGAAAUAGCUGAGGUAAGCGUGGGYGGGGAUAUUGGGGUGAUAUAGGGACAACUUUGUCUGAGGCCUUGUGUUUGAGUCUCUGUAUUGUAGGCUAGAUUGUGUUGAGCGGCUGCACUGACAAGGGGAUUGCUUUACUGURCCCUGUAACAAGUUGGUGUCCUGUCAAUUCAGUGGUGUGUGUGUGUGUGAGUGAAUUUACAGUGUGGCUAGUAGUGUUAUUUUGAAGAUGAAUAGGUGAGGAAUGGGCUCUCCUGACCAAAAGGAUGUGUUAACACUCACAAGAAUGCUUUUAGAAAAAGGAUAAGGGGCCAUUUUGGGUGAACCGAUGAGUUCAGUUUYAUUUAUUUUGUACUGGUAGCUACAUCAGGGAAAUGUAAGAGUGAAAAAGACGUGUGUGUGUGUGUGCAAUCAUUACUACACUACCAAAUCAAUACCUUUUAUCGACCUUAGUCAUGCAUUUUUCAAAUGUCAGUCGGUUAUGUUAACACAAUAUAUCAGUCCGAUUUCCGCAACAACUAAGAGCAUUGAAGCGCGAGGCUCAAUUUCUCCGCUGUUUUGGGUCCCGUAUAAACCACGUUGUAACAUCAUGAAGUGCAGCUCAUGCGCAGAUACUGUGUGAGGAGAAAGUCUCGCACUGCACUUAACUACAUUUUUGUAGUGCUGCUCGUGGCAACGUCAUGACGCUGAGUCUACCAGCUCUAGGUUGGUACUCUGCCUAUCUUCACCACUGCCACCAGACGGCCUAUAAUGCCAUGCACUUCAGCCCACCGGCAUCUUCCUCCUAGAGCUAUCAUCAUGGUGGGACCAAACAUCCAGGGACUUCUUCCCAAGCAGCUCACAGCACAUCAAACACACCGUCUGUGUUUUGUCUGUUCGGUGUCCUCAUCGCAAACAGCCUUUGUGCGUAUGAUUCUUUGUGUGGAGGGUAAGAACAUCAGACUGUUCGUAUUUUUCUCUUUCUCCAUCUUUCUUUUUGCAUUAUGAGAUUACCUGGGCAUGAGUGUGUGUGUACCAACAACAGUUAAGCAGCAGACAUAACGUUUCUACUUGUAUGAUCAGAUGCAGUCACUCACAUCCGCUUAUUGUAUCAUUCAUUCCUGAGUCUCAAUAUCGAUCUGCCAGGUGUUUUAAUCAUUUUUGCAUGGGUUUUAUAUUUCAUAUAUUUUAAGGUGUAAAAGUGGGUUAUAUUCCCAUUGUCCCUGUGGAAACAUGGGAAUGUUUUGUAUAUAGAAACAGUGUUUUGUCAUGACAGAGUACAUGAUUUCUUCACAGUUAAUGUUUUGUGUAGUAGAUAUCUCGUUGUUGCUGCUCACUUCACUUGAAGUCUUAAUCCACCACGGCCACCUAUAUACAGUAACAGUUUAUUUCAAGGCAAAGUCCAUCUCUAUCUAUGGCCUCUGUGACCAUUACUGUUCACUCAGAGAGGAAAGGGACAUUAAAAAUGAGUUGUCUUUUUAGGUAUUUAUUAUGGACAUUUUGGAAAUGUUGACCGAUAGGGAUAACUGAAGCUCAGUGCCAAAGUGAUUAUUUCUGAUAGCAGUACCAGAUUAUGAUGUACUUUGUCUUUUGAGAAGUAUCAUUUGAAAGCUGACGCACCUGAUCUUGUCAAUAAAUUAAGAAUAAUGAUCUUA